UGAGCGAACUUCAGUUCUGUAUUAGGUCUUGACAGGUGACUGGUGGUGUUAUGGCUGUAGAAUGGAAAACAGUUUUUAUGACAGUUGCUGUGGUGUGUUUAUGUUUUGUAGGCAUUCCAAUUAGAGUAGAUAAGCCGAUAGACACUGCUACUCAGGCACUAUUUAAGGAUUACGUAAAGCGCUUUAAUAAGACCUAUGAGAAUAAUGAAACGGAGUACGCGCUGAGACUGCGUCAGUUCCAGGAAUCCUUGGAAAUGAUUCAGAAGUUGAACAGUGAGAGGAAAUCAGAAGCCAGUGCUCAUUAUGGACUAACAAAAUUUUCUGACAUGUCACCUGAUGAAUUUUUGCAUCAUCAUCUGUAUGUUGGCCUUCAAAGUCACUUGAUGAAAUGCAAUCAUUGGAGGAAUAGGACACAUCAUUCUCAUGAGCGUAAGGAGAGAGCAAUAAAGCCUGUAUCUCUACCAGAACGUGUUGACUGGCGUGAGAAAAAUGUUAUUGGGAAAAUCAGAAAUCAAAAGACAUGUGGUGCUUGCUGGGCCUUUAGCACAGUUGAAACUGCAGAAGCAAUGUACGCAUUGAAAACAGGAGUUCUUGAAGAAUUAAGUGUUCAAGAGAUGAUUGAUUGUGCUCAGAAUGGGAACAUAGGGUGUGCUGGUGGUGAUACAUGUAGUCUUCUUGAAUGGAUUGUUGCAAAAAAUAUUUCUAUUGCGUUAGAAAAACAGUAUCCAUUAACUCUGGAGACACAGACAUGUAAAUUAAAAGGGUCUGGUAAUGGUGUCCAUAUUGCCCCAAAUUUUACAUGUGACUACUUAGUUGGAAAUGAAGAAGAAAUUCUAUUAAUGCUAGCGAAUCAUGGGCCUCUUAUUGUUGCAAUUAAUGCCCUAAAUUGGCAGAAUUAUUUAGGUGGAAUUAUUCAGUUUCACUGUGAUGGCAGUCCUGUACACAUAAACCAUGCAGUGCAGAUAGUGGGAUAUGAUAAAUCUUCUGCUGUGCCACAUUAUAUUCUUCGGAAUUCUUGGGGGCCAGAAUUUGGUGAUAAAGGAUAUUUGUAUAUUGCUAUUGGUGAAAAUCUUUGUGGAUUAGCAACGGAAGUUUCAUCACUAGAUGUAUUAUGAACGUCCUUCUGAGAUACACUUCACAUUGUUCUCUUCCAUGUCAUAAAAGUAAAAAAAAAAAGGAAUUUUUUAGAUUUCUAGAGUAAAUGUGAGCUGUAAGAUACUAUAUUUUAGACGAUUUUACAGUAGGAGACAAUAGCAUAGUGUAGAAAAAUGAGGAUUCUGUUUUGUUUGUUUUAUGAGCAGAGCAUUUAACUUUUAUCUUACUGUAAAAGUGCCCUACACAGAACACAUGGGCAGCAUGCAAUCCAUCCAGUACUUUUACGUAUAACAUUUAAAACCUAGGGCAUCUUUUAUUCCAUAGAAUAAGGCUGUAUGACCUUUUUGUGGUGCCAGUGUUACCAUGACUGGGUGAAUGUGUAAUGAAUAAUCUGUCCACUGCUGAUGAUAAUAUUUUAAUUUUUUAGCAUACAUUUUGAAAGAAAAGUGUAGUUAGCAACAUCCAGCACAGAAUUUUUUACUUGGCUUCUCAUGUGAUUCAGAUUUUCGUGUGCAAACACAUGGAAAAGUAUUCAAUCUAUUUUAUAAGGUGUUUUUUUUUUUUUUUU